GGCAUCAGAUCUGUAAUAUUUUUCAGGGAAAGCUGAGUGACAACCAAUAUGGCCGUCGUUGGGGUUGACUCCUGAUGACACAUCGGUCUAAUGGGACAAUGUUUUAUGGGACUGCGGAUAAUACAGUAUGUGGUGAGGUUGUCACAGGACAGGUCCCAUGUAUGAGUAUGUGAGGUCCAUUGUCCGCCCGCUGCCCGUGCUGUCCAUUCUCUUCUGUUCCAGAGCCAGGUCCCUGCUGACCGAGCACUGACACAGCAGACACAUCUUCCCACAUUGUGUGUGUGUUAUAUUAGACUUCAUGUCGAGCGCCGCCACAUCUCAUCUUGCUGGGUCCGAUCUCCUGAUUUUUUGAUAUCCUCUCUUUCGUCACCCAUUGACCAAGAGUCCUGUGUGGCUUUCACCCUUGAUGACCUCCAGGGACUUCUGCUAUCACCUCUCUGACCAGAGGACCUCACCGGUUCUGUAGCUGACCCCCUCUUCUCAAUGGCCGCUUUUUGAUGGACCUUCAGGCCACUUGAGGAACAUUCUCCUUAGGAUAAGAUCAUACAGAGCGGGUAAGUGCCAUUAUGUCUGGGAGCCUUCAUAUGUUCUGACCUUGGAUGAUAGCUGCGUUGUAUCUUCAGGGACAAGAUGAAAACCUACCUGCUGCUCCUCCUCCUCGUGCUGGGCCUACAGGUCUCGGCCACCUUCAAAAUCUGCGCUUUUAAUAUCAAGAGCUUUGGAGAAGCCAAAGCAUCCAACAAGAAGAUAAUGGGAGUGCUAGUGAAGAUUCUUUCUCGCUGUGAUAUUAGUGUCAUUCAAGAGGUGAGAGACUCGAAGGGAGAAGCGGUUCCUGCACUUGUGAACGAGCUCAACAGACUUGAUGGCGUCCAUCACUACCAGCACCUGGAGAGUAAAAGACUGGGGAAGAACAGCUACAAGGAGCAGAUCGUCUUCAUCUACAGAGCGGACACUGUGAAGGUGCUGGACUGGUAUCAGUAUGUGGAGGAUCAUCCCGAUCACCCAGAAGCCUUUGCAAGGGAACCCUUUGCUGUCCGCUUCCACUCACCAACCACAGUUAUCAAAGACUUUGCCCUGAUGUCUCACCACACGUGUCCGAGUAGAGCGGCCAGUGAGAUCACGAGGCUCCUACAGGUGAUGCUGCAGGUGAAAAGCCGCUGGAAAAUUGAGAGUCUUAUGCUUCUCGGAGACUUAAAUGCUGCAUGUGGCUACGUCACAGGUGAGGCAUGGCGGAACAUUCAGCAUCAGAGCAGCGGCACUUUCCACUGGCUGAUUGGGGAUAAAGAUGACACAACAGUGAAGGAGAAGACGCACUGCGCCUAUGACCGCAUUGUGGUCCAUGGAGAAGAACUACUUAAAGGGAUUGUACCAGCUUCUGCAAAACCAUUCAAUUUCAAGAAAAAACUUGGCUUGUCUGAAGAGGCGGCUCUGGAGGUGAGCGACCAUUUUCCUGUGGAAGUGAAUCUCCGGCCGGAUCCACGAAUGGACAGAGAACUGUGAUCAAUAUUUCAAUACUUUUUUUACUGUGAAUCUAAUAAAGUUUCAUCGAUCGGAAGCUGAAAGGUCUCUGGCCGUUGGCUCAGGUUCUCUGUAUUGUGAAGCAUUUAUCUUACCGUUCAGUGUCUUAGAGCUGCGGUGCCCCCCAUCUGUGCCAGAGUCAACUGCAGAUCUAUUAACCUAAGCUGUACAGGGUUUACGUGGCACCAGCC